AUGUCAUAGAAGAAAAGUGAAUGUGAAUUGAUUUUAAUUGAUCCAUCAGAUGAUACAGAAAUUAAACCAAUGAAAAUCUUAAAAAAAAUUGUUACUAAUGCUGCUGGAGUUCGAUAUCUAGUAGAAUACAGUAAUAAUGAAUAAAAGUAAGAAACUGAAAAAUAUAUGAAGGAGAAUUAUUAGGAAUUGAUAGAAGAUUAUAAUUAUUUUUCAGUUUGUGGUAGUAGAUUUGAUUAAUUAACUUUGCAGAAAAUGAGAGAAAAUAAUAAUAAGAUAUAAAAUUUUGAUAAUCAUUAAAAAUUACCUACUAUUCCAUCUGAUGAAAACUAUCCAAUUUUUAAAAGGCAAAAAAAAAUUGAUAAAUAAAUUGAAAAAAAUAACAAAUCCAAUAUAUUACCAUUGCCAUAAUAAUAGCAAUAAUAAUAAUAAUAAUAAGUUUAAAUACAACAGAAUUAGUAACAAUAACAAAUUUAAUAAUAAAAUAAUUUAAAUUAAAAUGAGAAAUAUUUAAUUAAAUAAUAACAAAUUCAAAAUUAAAGCUUACUAUAAUUUUAAUCAGAUUAAGGAGAUAAAAUUAAAUCUAUCUCUUUAGAAAAUGGAUUAUUUCUUGUUUAAUGGUUACCAAGACCUGAUGGAAAUAUACCUUAUCAAGAAUAUUAUCAUUAUGACUAUCUAAAAGCAACUGCUCCUACUAUUUUAUUAUCAUUUUUAGAGUAAGAAUUCUUACAUAAUGACUUAAAAUUUAAAAAUCUUAAAAGACAUUCUUUUUUAAAUUCAAAUAAUGAAAUUAUUUAAAAUGAUGAUAAUUUAUCUAAUAAAGAUAAUAAAAUUAUUACUUAAUAAUUAAAAAAUUAAGAAAUAAUUGAUGUCUAAAAAGAAGUAUCAAAGGAUGAUUUAUUGAAUAAAAAAGAUGUAUUAUUUGAAGAAGUAAAAGAACAAAAAGAUAAUUCCAAAGAUAUUCUUAUUGAUGACAUCUAAGUAGAUAAAGCAUAAGAAGUAAUUCUUGAUGAAAAAUAAACUGCUGAAAAAGAAAAAAAAUAAUAAUAAUAAAAAAAAGGCAUUAUUCCUACAAGUAAACCUUAAGGAUAAAAUUAAAAAUUAAAAAAAUCUACAAUAGAGAAAGGUUAAGAAAUGUUUACAAUGGAUAAAAUAUAAGGAAAACUAGAUGAAAAGUUAUCAUAAUUAGAUAAGCCAAUACCUAAAUAAUAAGUAACUAUUACUGAACCAAAAUUGACAAACUAAUCAUUUCCAGCACAAUUUGCUUAAGCUUAAGUAUCAGAUGAAUUUGAAAUACUUGGUUCUUUAGAAAAACAUGAUGAUAAAUAAAAUUUAAAUUAUGAAAAAGAACUUGAAGAAUGUUAUUCUGAUGUUGAUUUACCACAUUUUUAAUUUAAUUAAAGUGAAUUAUGA